AUGCAGAGCAGCAUGGACGCAGAGCGGUCCGCAUCAAGGCCUUUGGAGCCUGGUACCGUGCAACUAGAAGAUUUGACCUUUUCACAACAUGGAGAAAUCAUACUACAACCAGCCCCGAGUGACGACCCGAAUGACCCAUUAAAUUGGUCACGCAUUCGCAAAACUGUCAACUUUUCUCUCGUCUGCCUAUAUACCGUGAUGGUGUAUACCGUCAUAGAUAUCUCAACUGUUGUCUACGGCCAAGUCCACGAUGAGUUGGGGUUUUCGUUCCAGGAACUGAAUCAGUCAUUUGCUGCAUCUAACGCCGGCUUGGCAAUCGGUGGAGUCUUGUUUGUUCCGUUUGCCUUCAAGUUUGGCCGCCGUCCCAUCUAUUUGAUCAGUAUUGUCAUCAUGCUGGGCACCACAGUAUGGCAGGCGUGUAUGCAGAAUCGAGGUGACCUAUACGGCUUUAGUGUCGUCUCUGGCCUCGCAGGGUCCAUUGGAGAGACCAUCUGUGCCAUGACUCUUGCUGACCUGUUCUUUGUUCACCAGCGUGGUUCGCUAACUAAUGUACUUACAAUUGCGAUAAACACGGGCGCAUAUCUUGGUCCCGUAGCUGCUGGCUAUGUGGCUGCCUCACAAGGUUGGCGAUGGAUAUGGUGGUGGUGUUCCAUUCUCCUCGGAGUGACACUAUUGCUUUUUGUGUUCUGCUACGAAGAAACCAUAUACAUACCCGAGAUACAAGGCACUGUUAUCGAAGGCACCGCCGACCAUGGUCUUGACAAAGACCAAAUCGCCAUAGACUCCAAAGCUGAAGCAAGCCACCUUGAGCGCCGGUCAAUCCGUAGCGACAUUCCGAUCAAAUCUUACAAACAGCGCAUGUCACUCUUUACCACCACAGACUAUGGACUGGGCAGCGUACUUCGUCACACUUACCAACCAUUUGUUGUCAUCACCACCUUCCCCGGUGUGUCAUUUGUUGCACUUCUUUAUGGCUCUCUGCUCGCCUGGCUUGCCAUCGUACUGAGUGUUCAAGGCAUCUACUUUACUCUACCACCGUACAGUUUCUCAUCAUCUGGUGUGGGGUUACUCAAUGUCCCUACUUUCGUCGGUAGUCUUCUGGGCGGCUUUUACGGUGGCCAACUCUCCGACUACAGCAUUCAGUGGUUGGCAAGGCGCAAUGGUGGUCUCUAUGAACCGGAAAUGAGAUUGUGGUUAGCCCUUCCAACAAUUCUAAUUACACCCGCUGGAUACUUUAUGUUUGGACUUUCCAUGGCAGAGGGUAUGCCGUGGUAUAUACCGGCUGUUGGCUUGGGAAUAUAUGGGUUUGGAAGCACUGCGCUUGGCAAUAUUGCUUUAGUGUACCUAGUGGACUCGUACAGAGAUGUCAUUGGUGAUGCAUACAUAGGCAUCACAUUUCUCCGCAACGCAUUCGGCACUGUAGCAGCUAUGUGUUUAAGUCCUUGGGUUGACAGCAUGGGAUUGUAUAACAUGACAUCAUGA